AUGCCUAAAGACUGGCCACAUGAAGAGGAAGCCAUAGAGAUUGUGAACUGGGUCCUAAACUAUGAUUACCCCUCAAGAGACACUGUCACAGACACCAUCUGGUUCGCUAAGGAGACCAACACAUUGACUUCCUGCCUGGUUUCUUUCUUCUCUCUACAAGGGCUGACAGCUGAUGUAAACCCUGCCACUGUGAGAGAGGGAGAGAGGGUGACACUAACAUGUGACACAACCUGUACACUGAGUGACCAUCCCACUAUUGUCUGGUUCAGGGAUGGACACUCAGUACACAACACAGAAUUCCUGGCCAGCAUUCAGGAUGCUGGCAGCUACCAAUGUGCUGCUCGAGGUCAAGAUCAUCUCUCCUCUGAUUCAGUGUUUCUUGAUAUACAAUAUGCCCCAAGGAACACCUUGGUGUCAGUCAGUCCCUCUGGUCCAGUGGUAGAGGGAAGCUCUGUGAACCUGACCUGCAGCAGUCAUGCCAACCCAGGAGUGGAUAACUACACCUGGUUUAAGAAGGAUGGAACAGACAUCUCACAGACAGGGCCAGGAGAGGUGUUGAGAUUGACCUCUCUAACCUCCUCUGACAGUGGACAGUACUUCUGUGAGGCCAGGAACAAAGAAGGGGCUCACAACUCUACUGUUCUGUCUCUGAUCCUGCAGGAAACAAAUACUGUCCAAAUUGCAGUUUACAUCAGUUCCGCAGCUGCAGUUUUCAUGGUGAUCAUACUUAUUGUGUUCGUAUGGAUGUGGUAA